UCAUGAGGUUUGGAUCCCGGUGACUUUUGAAUUGACUUCUUCCAGGGUAUCUGAAGUGCAGUGCCGCUGCCCGGCAAGGCCCACGAGGACCAUGGCCACUCAAGCCGACCUGAUGGAGCUGGACAUGGCCAUGGAGCCAGACAGGAAGGCGGCUGUCAGUCACUGGCAGCAGCAGUCGUACCUGGACUCUGGGAUCCACUCUGGAGCCACCACCACGGCCCCUUCUUUGAGUGGCAAAGGCAACCCCGAGGAGGAGGACGUGGACACCUCGCAGGUCCUGUACGAGUGGGAACAGGGCUUCUCACAGUCCUUCACGCAGGAGCAAGUAGCCGACAUCGACGGCCAGUACGCCAUGACACGCGCACAGCGGGUGCGGGCUGCCAUGUUCCCCGAGACGCUGGAUGAGGGCAUGCAGAUCCCAUCCACGCAGUUUGACGCCGCACACCCCACCAACGUCCAGCGCCUGGCCGAGCCCUCCCAGAUGCUGAAACAUGCCGUGGUAAACCUGAUUAACUACCAGGAUGAUGCGGAACUUGCCACGCGUGCCAUCCCUGAACUCACAAAGCUGCUCAAUGACGAGGACCAGGUGGUGGUCAACAAGGCCGCGGUGAUGGUGCACCAGCUCUCUAAGAAGGAGGCCUCCAGGCACGCCAUCAUGCGCUCUCCUCAAAUGGUGUCUGCUAUCGUGCGCACCAUGCAGAACACGAGUGACGUGGAGACCGCGCGCUGUACCGCCGGGACCCUGCACAACCUCUCCCACCACCGUGAGGGCUUGCUGGCCAUCUUCAAGUCCGGCGGCAUUCCCGCGCUUGUGAAGAUGCUGGGCUCCCCAGUGGAUUCAGUGCUGUUCUACGCCAUCACGACUCUUCACAACCUCUUACUACACCAAGAAGGAGCUAAGAUGGCAGUGCGUCUAGCUGGCGGCCUACAGAAGAUGGUGGCAUUGCUCAACAAGACGAAUGUCAAAUUCUUGGCGAUUACGACAGACUGCCUUCAGAUUUUAGCUUAUGGAAAUCAGGAAAGCAAGCUGAUUAUUCUGGCCAGUGGUGGACCCCAGGCUUUAGUGAACAUAAUGAGGACCUAUACUUACGAGAAACUACUGUGGACCACGAGCAGGGUGCUGAAGGUGCUAUCUGUCUGCUCCAGUAACAAGCCGGCCAUCGUGGAAGCUGGUGGGAUGCAGGCGUUGGGACUGCACCUGACAGACCCGAGCCAGCGUCUCGUCCAGAACUGUCUUUGGACAUUGAGGAAUCUCUCUGAUGCUGCGACCAAGCAGGAAGGCAUGGAAGGUCUUCUGGGAACGCUGGUCCAGCUGCUGGGGUCCGAUGACAUCAACGUGGUCACCUGUGCCGCUGGAAUCCUCUCCAACCUCACUUGUAAUAACUACAAGAACAAGAUGAUGGUGUGCCAGGUGGGCGGCAUAGAGGCCCUGGUGCGCACUGUCCUGCGCGCUGGGGACAGAGAGGACAUCACUGAGCCAGCCAUUUGUGCUCUGCGCCAUCUAACCAGCCGACACCAGGAAGCAGAGAUGGCCCAGAAUGCUGUUCGCCUUCACUAUGGCCUUCCAGUGGUGGUGAAACUCCUGCAUCCGCCAUCGCACUGGCCACUGAUUAAGGCUACGGUUGGAUUGAUUCGCAAUCUUGCCCUCUGUCCAGCAAACCAUGCGCCUCUGCGUGAGCAGGGGGCUAUUCCACGCCUGGUCCAGCUGCUUGGCUGUACAGGCGCCUUGCACAUCCUUGCCCGGGACGUGCACAACCGCAUUGUCAUCCGAGGACUCAACACCAUUCCGUUGUUCGUGCAGCUGCUGUACUCUCCCAUCGAGAACAUCCAGAGAGUAGCUGCGGGGGUCCUCUGUGAGCUCGCUCAGGACAAGGAGGCUGCGGAGGCCAUCGAGGCAGAGGGGGCCACUGCACCCCUGACAGAGCUGCUGCACUCGCGGAAUGAGGGCGUGGCCACCUACGCGGCGGCCGUGCUCUUCCGGAUGUCCGAGGAUAAGCCACAGGACUACAAGAAGCGGCUGUCCGUGGAGCUCACCAGCUCACUUUUCCGGACAGAGCCCAUGGCCUGGAAUGAGACUACUGACCUUGGACUUGACAUCGGUGCCCAGGGAGAGCCCCUCGGGUAUCGCCAGGACGACCCCAGCUACCGCUCUUUCCACUCCGGCGGCUACGGCCAGGACGCCUUGGGCAUGGACCCCAUGAUGGAGCACGAGAUGGGGGGCCACCACCCAGGUGCCGACUACCCGGUGGAUGGGCUGCCAGACCUGGGACACGCCCAGGACCUCAUGGAUGGGCUGCCGCCAGGUGACAGCAAUCAGCUGGCCUGGUUCGAUACUGACCUGUAACCUCCUUUAGGUAAGAAGCUUAAAAAAGCCAGUUGGGUAAAAACUUUUACUCUGCCUACAGAACUUGAGCGUGACUUGGUUGUAGGGUGGGAGCGGCUUGGGCCUAUCUGUAAAUCUGCUACAAGAACAGAUCUCUACUUUGAAAGGAGAUGUCUUGGGACAUUCAGAUGUUCUUGGAUUUCUGGUUGUUCUGUGAUCGUGUGCUUGGAAGUUGUUAACGUUCAUGUCUUUAUGCCACAGCUUUGCAGCUUGUACUCCGGUGAGUCCAUGUGCUGUUUAACACUAGAGCAGCCUCUGUGCAGCUGCGCUGUCUGGAGUCGGUUGGGAUUGGCCUGUAGCGUUGCGGAGGGCUCGAGGGUGGGCUGGUAUCUCAGAAAGUGCCUGACACUAACCACGCGGAGUUUCCUAUGGGAACACUUGAAGUAAACUUUUUGUUCUGGUCCUUUUCGGUCGAGGAGUAACAAUACAAGUGGAUUUGGGGAGUGACUGGAGAAGUGAAGCGUGCACAAGGAGUGGAUCACAGAUGGAAUUUAUGAAACCCUAGCCUUGCUUGAUACGAGUUUUUUUU